AUGGAAAUACUAACCCGUCAAUCAUUUAUGUGUUUAAAAAAUCUUCAACAUCUUACAAUUGCUGAGAAUAAAACAUUUCAAAAAAUUCAAUGUCGUGUUAUUGAUUUUACACAAAGUAAAAUCGAAUUUGUAGCAGAUGGAGCAUUUGAUGGUUCACAUAUUGAUACACUUUAUUUCUUUAACAAUAAGCUGUUGUCUCAUAAUUAUUUCUUAUGGUGUCUUGAGUUUAAAAAUUUACGACCAUCAGUUUUUUCUUGUUUGAAUAAACUUGAAAAUCUUGAUAUAAGUAAUGGCAGCCUCGAAAUCAUUGAAAAUGGAGCAUUUAUUGGACUUGAGAAACUCAAAAGUUUAACAUUGUCAUCGAAUAAAUUGACACAUAUUGGUCGAAAUAUUUUUGAAAAAUUAAUAAACUUAAAUUCUCUCAUACUGAGAAAUAAUAAAAUUAACAAUAUUGAUGAUAAAACAUUUGAUAAACAAACAUUAUCAACUUUAGAUUUGAGUUACAAUGAGUUAAAAUUUAUAAGUAAAUAUACAUUUUAUGGUGUCAAAUGUAAAUGGUUGGAUUUAUCAAAUAAUAAAUUAACAUCUAUUGAAUCUGGUGCAUUUGAAAAUAUAAAUCUUGACAAUCUGUAUGUAGGAAAUAACGAUAAACUUAUUGAAAACUAUGAUGCUUGGAAUGUUGAUGAAUCUAAAAUACAAACUGAUUGUAUUAUUCAAGGUAUAUUAAGGAUUUGUACAAAACUAAAUUCUUUAUCAUCAGUUGACGUUAUAAUACAUGAUUUUUCACCGGAUUUUUCAUUACCAAGUAGCAAACUCGAAUUAUCUGGAAUAUCAUCAAUUGGUAGAAAUGCAUUUAACAAUUCAAACAUCAAUGUCUAUUUUAAAAUAUUAGAAAUACAUUAUACUGGAAAUCAUGAAUUUAUUAUUUAUCCUGAAUCGUUUGAGAGUUUAAUAAACUUGGAAGAUUUGAUUCUGAAUGUUGGAGCAACAACAUUGACAAGUAAUUUAUUUGAUAAGCUAAAAUCACUCAAGUAUUUAAAAAUUCAAGUCAUAGAAACUAUUCAAUAUCUCAGUCAAGUAUUGAUAAAUCUUAAAAGUUUAAGGACCUUGGAAAUUAUUGGUAAUAAAACUAUUGGUAUUUGUCAAAAUGUAUAUUCCAAAAAUAUAUCAAAUUCAAUAGUAGAUAUUCGUUAUGUAAGUGGUGAAAUUGAUGAAUUACCAGAAAAUUCAUUUAUUUGUAUGCCUCAAAUUGAAGUAUUAACAAUAACUAAAACAAAUCUGUUGAUAAUUCAAGCUGGUGUAUUUAAUUUACUAAAAUUAAAAAUAACAUUUACUCACUUGGCGGCUAAUCAAGUGACAAGACAACGCUAUAAUGAUGAUAUCUAA